UCGAAAAAAGGUCCUCCCAGACAAGAGCGGCUUAACACCACCGAGUUGCGAUUCGUAGACUUUAUUCCUUUCGGCCGGGUCAAAAACCUGAGCUACUAUUUUACAUUCAAAGUUUAAACUGAAUUCCCCCGUCCAUAAAUUUUCGAAAUAAAUAUCUAUGACGAUGAAUAGUCUCCAACAGCAGGAAUCUUAACAGCUUAAAAACAUGAAACAAUACCUGGAAAUACUCAGCAAGUCUGGCAGGAUCUUUUGAAAGACUCAAAAAAGACACCAGAAAGAAGUGUUUCAGACAUUUCGUCACCAUGCUGGGUAACAUUGUCAGUAAGGCCUCGGAUGAAGUGAUGUUAUUCUGCUCAGCUUGGAAUUUAUACUGUCUGGUCAGUUAUGGUCACUUCAUGUUUUGCCAUUCAGGAGGAAGAGCAGGUGUAAGCAGCAAGUUUUAGUCGGUCAUUUAAAGUUGUUUAUUGAGAGCCUUGGCUGAGUAGCGCAGAAAUAAUCUGGAAACAUGUCCGAGAACGACACUGAUAAUUUAGUCAACAGCGGCAAAUAUGAGGCUGGCAAGAGCAAACGGAAUGUUUGCCGAGACUUUCUGCGCAAUGUCUGCAACCGUGGUAAGAAUUGCAGGUACUUCCAUCCAGAUGAUAUUGAGGCCUCCGACCUCGCCGACAUAAGGAACGAAACUGAUAAUUUAGUCAACACUGCCAGUGAUGAGGCUGGUAAAAGCAAACAGAACAUUUGCCGAGACUUUCUGCGCAAUCUCUGCAACCGUGGUAAGAAUUGCAGGUAUAUCCACCCAGAUGACAUUGAGGCUUCUGACCUCACUGACUUAAGGAAUGACACUGAUAAUUUAGUGAACAUUGGCAAUGAUGAGGCUGGCAAAAGCAAACAGAACGUUUGUAGAGACUUUCUGCGCAAUCUCUGCAAUCGUGGUAAGAAUUGCAGGUAUUUUCACCCAGAUGAUAUUGAGGUCACCAACCACGCUGAUCUAAGUGAUGACGCUGAUAAUUUAGUCAAUAAUAGCAAAUAUGAGGCGAGCAAGAGCAAACGGAAUGUUUGCCGUGACUUUCUGCGCAAUGUCUGCAACCGUGGUAAGAAUUGCAGGUACUUCCAUCCAGACAAUGUUGAGGCCUACACUGUGGGUGACAUGCGGCAUGAGUCAAUCUUUUGUCAGUACUUUCAGAAUAGUAAAUGUACCCGUGAGAACUGCACAUUCAUUCACGGGACGAAGGGGGAAGAGAAUUAUUACAAUAAAACAGGAAAGCUUCCUGCCCACUUGCAACAGACAGUGGCUGUGACUUUUGGGCUUUCACCCUCUAAUCUUCCUCUUAUUACAAAGGAAAUCCCAUUCUGUCGUGACUUCCUUAAGGGCAAGUGUCGAAGAGGAUCCAAAUGUAAAUUCCAGCAUUUGAAACGUGAUGACAGUGAUAAAAAAAGUGUAGAAAGAGUGUCGUCACAAGAUAGAGAACUUUCUCCUGAGAUUUGUAGGUAUGAUCGUUUGGAUGACCUUUAUGAGACAGAGAGAUGUGAUUAUGACCAACAUCCGAAAAGGAGAAGGGUGGAGGGCCUGCGUUUUGAAGUAUUUGAUUACAGCACUCCCAGUCUGCGCCCAGGUGAACUAAGUUUUUUGGAGGAGGAAAACCAUAUGCUCAGAAAGCGCAAUGAAGAGCUCAAAAAGCAGGUGUCAAGCUUAAUGCUGACUAAUGAGGUUCUUCUGGAACAGAAUGCAGAUCUGCGCAAGCAGGUGAAGUUGGGGAUCCUGAACACUGGGGCUGACCCAACACAACACCCAGCUAUGCACACUGUUACCAAUUAUAACCGUAGCAUAGUAAAAACUCACACCACCCUGAGCAACCAGACACUGAGAUCACAACCCAUUUCUCAUCAAGAGUUGAUAGCGCAAGCUAGAGCUCAUAAUGCAUUGUGUUCUGAAGCUACAUCCCAAAGUCCUCCCCGUCUUAGCGCUUCUAUUUCUGCACCCUAUGCCCAGGGGAUGACUUCACCAGUCUCAAUGGCACCACUUGCCAUCUCUACACCUGUGGCAGUUACACAAUCACUGCCAGGAAUUGCCAUGAGUUAUACCACCACUCAAAUGGUCAGUUACCCAAAUGCAUCACAGAGUAUGAGGUUCCUCUGUCGUGCAGAAGAGAGUUGAGGUUUGAAGACUUUAUGAAAAAUUCAUAUUUUCCAGUUGUUGUUUCCCAGGGAAAUUGUGAAAAUUGAGUUAAGUAUGAUUCUUACAGAGGGAGUCUCACCAUCAGCAACCUUUUUGCCGAAACAAUGAAAGGAAGAUGCUUUUUAACUCCUGUCUCAAACGGUGCGUGCUUAUGAGCUCACUGGGAAACUGCCUGUGCAGAAUUGUACCUCAGCAAUAGUAGCAUACUGAAGUUAAACCACCCUUCAGUUUGCCACUAUGUAUGUCGCAAAUGUUCAAAAAAAAAUCCAAUAGAACCCAUGUUUUUGAAUGCUUUGAAAACUUGGUGUCAGCAGAACUGUUGCUUUUGUUUUGCUCACCCUGUAAACUCUGGUGCUAAUGAAAGCAAAGUUUUUGACAACGCAUUGCAAUACCCAGACCAACUUGAACUCUCCUGCUGCUGCACUUGGAAUAGUUUUGCUCGCACUAUGGUUGCUCUGUCUGCUUAUGUAAAAUUAGUUUAUUUCCAUAAAAAAGGUACCUUAAAAAAUACUGUGCAUGUGUUAGAAAGGAUUGCGCCUAUUCAGCAAUUGAUUGUUUUUAAAACACUUUUUUAAAUCCAGAGUUUUUGUUCAACAGCAAUAAAGGCAAAUCACUGUUUCCCUCCCUCCCCCACCCUUAAAAAAAAACCAUGCUUUAAUUAUGUUCAGGGCAGUAAUUGGUGGGUAUGUAGAAGACAGUUAUUCUCCCUCCUAGUAGAUAUAUUGCCCUGUAAAAUAAAUGGGACUACUUCCUCGAGAGAUUUUGGGGAGUGGUGAGGUUGGGGACUGAAAACCAAAAAAUGGCUGUCUUAAAUGCAGCAUCAGGCAGCCUGGCAGCAACAGAGGGCUAACACAACUUGCACACGUGUGAAAUAAGAUCACUGAAGCAAUGUGGGUUAAUGCCUUCAAUUACUGGUGAUCGUUAAUUGAGCUCUCAAAGUUUAAAUUGCAUUGACGAGCUGUAUGUUAAGUAACAAAGUUGUGUUUUUCCAGGGUACUGAUGGCAAGACUUCCUCUAUAUAAAGCUAAACAAAAAAUGUGUUCUGUAAGAUUAGUAAUGAACUGACAGUCUUUAUCAAAACACAUAAUUGGAUAUUAUACAAAUUACAAACUACUGGUUCUCCUUUCGUUCUCCAAUUUAUGAAAUUCACUUUUUAAAUUAAUUACCAAUAUUUUUAUUUUUUUCUACCAGCAAUCAUAUGCCACAAAGUCUAUUUUUCCUUUUUUUUUAACUAAAUUACAGUUGAUGUUAUCAGAAACAUAAAUAAUUUGCUGACUUGGUCAAUUUUAAAUCUCCCUGAUAUUUGCUUAUAGAUGUUCUAUACCGUACCAUUUCAAAGCAAAUAUGCACCCAGAGGGUUAAUUUUCAGUAAUGUGUGUGCAUUUAGUCGAAAUUACUUUGGUAAUUAAAAUUGUGCCUCUCUUUAUAAGGUCGCCAAAUUCCAUAAUCCUGGUUAUGUUUUUGUACAAUUAGAGUUCCUGACCAGAGCAUUUUUUGCUCUUGUAAUUUUUUCCUCAAAUUUGUACAAGCCCUCUGAAGAUUGAACUAUAGAAGGUGUUUUUAAAAAAAACUAAACAAGCAUUUGUAUUACAAACAUAUCCACUGUAACCUCCAAGGAUAUCAAAAUGAUUAUAAAGUGCUGCAGUACUACGAUUUAAGUUGGUGAAGCAGACUAAACUGUGUAUAUUACAAAUAUAUACUUGUUUAGUGCCUGAAGUGUGGAGGCUGGGUGCUCACUAACUAAUAGAUGAGAGUAACAUUGUAGCAUAUGAUGUGAAGAAAAGAUCUGUGAUUUGUCAUCUUUUGUCAUGGGAUUUUUAGAAGCUCAAAGCUCAAAACUUAUAGAUUGCUAUGCCAUUUCUGCAUCUCGUCAAGUAAACUCACACAAUUGCGCUGUUAAUCAGAGCUUCAAGGGUGCAUCACCAGUGUAUAUAACAUAAGCACAACUGCUUUUUGUUUUCAAUUCAUCAGCAACAAAACUGCAAAGCCAAUCAGAGAAAGUAGGAAAUAUAUAUAUAAAUAUAUAGUAAAUGUAUAUUGAAUGGUAAUGUAAAACUACCCCUACUUAAAAUGCUCAUGAUGUUGAGCAAGGUGAAAACCUGGGACAGAAUCUGACCUAGUGUAAUAUUUCCUUCCCCCGGUUGAAUAUCCUGCCAACCUUCACUAUUCAGGCUCAACCAAAAGAUAACCACUUGGGUGAGGUACCACCGGACACCUUGUUGAACCAUACUUCAGCAUGGUGUCAAUGCCAUUGGGUGUGGAGGAGGAGAGUAGAAAACUGACAGAGGAAACAGAAGGGAACGCUUGCAGUUAUAAAUAGGAUACAAAAAUGUCCUGUAGUAAAUGAUGUUUUAUAGGUGUCAUAUAGUCAGUUGACAGUUGCUUUCUUUUUCUACUUUAAGUUGUAUGAGUAGUACAUCAUUUUGUCCAUUUGACUCUUCACUUAAAUGAAUGACAACAUUAGACUUGUUCUGUUGCAUGAUAGGAUGGGCCAUCUGAUGGAGGUGCAAAAAGCAGUAUGGUACUUCCAAAUGGAAAGAUGGCAUUCUGAAAAUGAACCUGUGCCCUGCAUCCAAUUUGUUUAAGAAUAACUGCAGUUUCCCAAAUUUUCUGUACAGUUAUUAACUUCAAGGUGGUUUUAACUUUUUGCACGUUUUUUUUAAUCUUCAGAUAUUUUCAAUAUGUUGACUCAAUUACAGAUUUCUAACUUGUUAAAAUUAGAAAUGAAAGUUUCUAUUUCCAUAAUGGUGACAUUACUGUCAACCAGGGAGCCAUGUAGAAAAUGCACUGUGAGGAAGGAUUAAAAAGCCAAAACCAACACUGAGAGGUUUGGGCCUGCAACAUGGGAAAUAUGAAUUUUUGCUAAUUUUAAUCCCAAAGUACAUUAAACCCUUUGCUAUUGAAACUCCCUGGGAUUUUUCAGCGUAAAGUGGAAUGCCAAGAUUGUCACAGGUGUUCAAAAUAGGAUUUCUCGUGCACCUUUUUGAAAAUGGUCAGUUAAGCAUGUUUUUAUCCAUUUUAAUGCUGAUAACUGUUUAGUGUGCAUACUGUUAAUAUUCAUCAAGUCCCAGAUGUCUGUUCAUGAAAAGUUAUGAUUUAUUGAAAAUCUGAAGAUGACCAUUGACAUCCAGUAUAUAUAAAUAUUAUACACUAUAUGACAAAGAAUGUACAGCAGUGUUGUCAUUUAUUGUCAGGAUUAAAACAGGACCAGAAUGGAUGAAUUUACACUGUUUCUGAAUAGAGCCAAGUGAACUGUGUCUUUAGGUGUGUUUUUCCUUUUAAGUAUUAUAUGUAAUACCAUUUUUCAAAGUUAAACUUUCCCAUUGAUAAGAACCUCCAGAAUAACCUAAAUUUCCAGUUUAUUUAUGUAUCUUGCCUGAUUGAUAUUGUGUAAGUUUUCUAAAAUCAAAUUUGUGAGAAAAUUAAACAAGUUUUCUCCAUGCUGUGUAUGACUACAUUUGUUAUCAGUUUACUUUUUAAAUGUUGAUCUGUAAUCAUUUUAUAGUGUGAAGUAUGAACUAUUCAUUUUUAAAUGGUUAGAUUCUUUCAGAAGGGCAAUCUAGUGAUUUAAGCAUUCAGAAUAAUUCUGGUCAGUUUGCUGAGUACCCUGUUUUGAGCAAGCCCCAUCCGUGGUUGUGAUUCAAACAUAUUGAAUGAUUAUUAAUUCACCAUUACUAAAUUGCAGGGUUUAAUUUGGAGGAGGGUGGGGAUGAAAUUGGGAGACUGGAAGGCAGGAUGUCAUCCUAUAGACAUGUGUACUGUCUCCUCAUAGAUUAAACUAACACUAUGACUUGUUCUGCUUGCUAAAGAUGGACACAGAUGUUUUGUAGAGAGGACAUGAGUUUUAACCUACAAUCCCCCACUCAACCACGUCACUGAAGAAAGUUACCAAACAGAAACCAACUAUUUUGCCACAUGCAAAGUAUGCGGCAGUAGCACAAGGGUUUGUCCCUGAGGUGUCCUUGGAUGUUUAAUGGCAGCCAGUUUCAGAGCAGUAUAAGCAAAGGCUGGGUGAAGGACACCCAUUUUCUUAUCUGUGGAUAGUGUAUGAGACAAGGAAUUUUUUUGUCGAAAGACUAGUCUCUUUCUGAACAAAGUUUUAAAAAAUUGUAUUUCUGUUGGAUACUAAUGU